CGGGUGACACGCUGCCCUUCUUUGAGCUGGCGCAGCCUGGCGGUUACAGAACCAGCAUUGCGAUUCUACUAAAUUUUGGAUCUCCACGAAACACAGCAUUUUGGAAGGCGCCCCCACAACGUACCACCUUGUCAUUUUCGCACCGAUUUCCCAGCUUGCAAGGAAGCACCUUCCUCGCAAAGUCUGUGUCGACGGGUUUGGAAAGACUGAUUGAGCUGAGCAUCAGCGCUUGUCAUUUCAUUGAUCAGCAUCCUGUGUUAGUGCAGCAGCAACCAACAUGGCAUCCACAUUGGCCGCACAAUCUUUGUCAUCUGCGCCGAUCAGCGGAGCGGCCCACGUUCUGCAGUGUUCCUCGAGCUCGCAGUUCCAUGGGGCGAGGCUCACCAUCCCUCUCAGCCGCCACCACCAGGGGGCAAGGCCGGCUGUCUCGAUGGCGGUAGCAGCGCCUCUGGCGAAGCCUCAAAAGUUGCAGCUGGGUCAAGUUGUCAGGGUCGGGGUUCUGGGAGCGAGUGGUUACACCGGUGCUGAGAUUGCAAGGUUGUUGGCGACUCACCCCUUCUUCAAGGUUACAAUGAUGACGGCCGACAGGAAGGCUGGUCAGAGCAUCGCCGACGUUUUCCCCCAUCUCAUCUUCAAGUCAGACCUUCCAGAUCUGGUCGCGAUCAAGGACGCAGACUUCAACCAAGUGGACGCUGUUUUUUGCUGCCUUCCCCAUGCCACUACUCAGGAGAUUGUCGCAGCUAUCCCUAAGCACCUCAAGGUGGUGGAUCUGUCUGCUGACUUCAGGUUGCGUGACGUCAACUCUUAUGCCGAGUGGUACGGAGGGGAGCACCGUGCACCCGAGCUUCAGAAAGAGGCAGUGUACGGUCUGACUGAGCUGCACCGGGAUGAGGUCGAGACAGCGCGGCUGGUCGCGAACCCGGGAUGCUACCCGACUACGGUCCAGCUCCCGCUCGUCCCUCUCCUACAAAGCGGGUUGAUCACCACGGAAGAUAUCAUCAUUGACGCCAAGUCUGGAGUCAGCGGGGCAGGCCGUGGGGCCAAGGAAGCCAACUUGUAUACGGAGAUCGCGGAGGGGAUGAACUCGUAUGGCGUUUCGAAGCAUAGACACAUGCCGGAGAUCGAGCAGGGCUUGUCAGACGCUGCUGGCAAGCCCGUGCAGAUCAGCUUCACGCCGCACUUGAUCCCCAUGAGCCGCGGCAUGCAGUCGACCAUCUACGUGAAGCUGACCGACGGGACCAGCGUCGACGACCUGCGGAACCACCUCCAAAGCUUCUAUGAGACCGAGGAGUUCGUGAAGGUCCUGAACGCGGGUGUCGUCCCUCACACGCGGAACGUGCGCGGCUCUAACUACAACCUGAUCUCGGUCUUCCCGGACCGCCUGAAGGGGCGCGCCAUCAUCAUCUCCGUCAUUGACAAUCUGGUGAAGGGGGCCUCCGGUCAGGCCUUGCAGAACCUGAACUUGAUGACUGGCUGUCCGGAGGACUGCGGACUUCUCCAGCAGCCGAUGUUCCCUUAGACGGAGACUGCCAAAUGGGGCCAUGGCGGACACGCCUUCCUUGAUGAGAUUCUUCCUACACCGUCGUGUUGUAAUGCUUUUUGUAAUGGAUAUGGAGCAAACUUCUGACUAUGGAGCUUCGUUCGAUGCUUUGCUUGGAAAACGAGUGAGAAAGCAACUCAAAAUAUUGAUCUGAGCACUGUGUGCAAGUGAUCGAGCACAUGGUUUGUUUGUGAACGGCGUUUCGAGUUCCGGUAUUUGUAACAUGCUUAUAGGUUGCGUGCGCUUGCUUUUCCAACCAAUCACG